AUGGGGUGGUGGUCCUGUGUUAGGAGUGCCAUUCCCUUGGCAGCAAUGGUAACAGUGGAGUGCACUGACGUGGGAUUGUCAACAAUAACCAAAGCAGCCAUGACAGAAGGGAUGAGCAGCUUCGUGUUUGUUGUUUACAAUAAUGCUCUCGGCACCAUCAUCCUUCUCCCCUUUGUUGUUGUCAGAAGGGGAGGAGCUCCUCUGACUCUCUCUCUGCUUAGUAGAUUCUUCCUCAUCGGUUUAAUUGGGUAA